AUGGAUCAGUAUUACAUUAUUAAAAUCUUGGGUCGAGGAUCUGAAGGCCAAGUACUUUUAGCUGAACACAAGAAAACACAUGAAGAAGUGGCAAUCAAGCGUAUGGAAUGGGCUAGCUUCGAUGACGCUAAUCUUCAUCUGAAUGAAGCUCAAAAGCUCAAAGACCUUAAUCAUCCCAAUAUUAUGAAAUAUUUAAAGGUCUUUCUUCAUAAAUACAGCACGGAAACUCACUUUGUGUGCCUCUGUAUUGAAUAUUGUCCAGGAGGAGAUUUACAAAAGCUAAUCACAAGUGUCAUUAAGCGAGAUAAAAAGAUGAAAGAAGAAGAUAUUAUAACGUAUGCAGAACAGAUAGCAGAGGGCCUUAAAUAUCUGCAUGAACAUAAUAUUAUUCAUCGAGAUUUAAAACCGCAAAACAUUUUGAUUGCCUCAGAUGGUACGCUUAAAAUUGGAGAUUUUGGUAUUAGUCGUGAAAUUGGAACUCACAGCUUAGCUCAUACUCAAUGUGGUACAAUUCAAUACAUGAGUUAUGAAAUGCUGAACAAGGAACCUUAUGAUCAAGCGACUGACAUGUAUUCUUACGGUGUAAUUUUACUUCAAAUGAUGACAGGAAAACAAAUGAUGAUCUCAAUGGAAUUGAGAAAAAAUCCAAACUUUUUUGCAGACAUUGAACAUCAGUGUGUUAAAGUACUUGGAUAUUCUCAAGAAUUGUUCGAUUUGGCAAAAUUAUUAGUAAGCUAUGAUCCUCGAGAAAGGCCCACCGCAGAAAAAACUCUGAAAGUGUUGAACAAGAUCAAAGCAGAUGGAAAAUAUGGCAAUUUGAAACUUGUUCUCAAAGAUUUUAAAUUUUUACCCGAUGUGUUGAAACUGCAUGUAUUCUCAUACUUGAAAAUUGAGGACAUGUAUCAUGUUGGACUUUCUUGCAAGCAAUUGUUUUUAUUAUGGGAAGAACAUUGGUGGCGAAUAUUUAUGACGACCACAAAAGUUGGAGAUGAAAUUAUGAAAUCAGCUGCAUCUCCCAUGUCUGGAAAACGAAAACGAUCGGGCAGUGCCAAUAGCAAACAUCCAUCAUUGGUGGCCUCUCCAAGUGAUCCUUCGAUGGAUUCGACUGUCCUUAAUGAAAGCAAAGUGACGGCAUCUUCUCCUCUUGUACUCUCUGUUCCAUCGACACAAACUGAAAAGAAUAUUUUCAAACAACAAGCAUAUGCGUUUGUUAAAAUUCACAAACCAAAAAAGAGAAGAGACAUGAAUAAGCGAGGAAAGAGUGUGGUGAGUGAGAUACAUCCGUCACAGGUCCAAGAGGCAGCGAACUUUUUGGCUCAAUCGUUGCGAUCGCCACUCUUUUACAAAUACAAUCUUUCGACUCAGCACGAAUCGGUUGCAUCUAAUGGAGUAAGGACUUUAAGUGAGGCUCCAUCGGAAACUUCAAGCCCAAGUAAAGCAUCAGAAGAGGUGAAGGAAGUAUCACAUGGAAGUAUCACACGAGAAUCAAACACUCUAGUUCAUGGUUGUGAGGAACAAGGUCAUAUGUGGCAUCCUCUACUCAGUUAUAUUUUCAAAACAGAAUCACCGCAAGAUGUUUCCAAUGAGUCGUUAUUGUUUCUUUGCUCCAUGUUGAUCAAGUAUGGAAUCAAGUAUGGAAGAAUUUAUGUGAAUACCUAUUAUCCAAUGAAUGAUGAUGCAAAGGAAAUUCAAGCCAUUUCUAUAUGGCAACAUCCAUUCAAUUCAAAAGGAAUUGAUUUUUGGAAAAUGUUAAGACUGGGAAUUGGAAAAGCUCCAAAGAGUCUUGGUAUUAAGGGUCUAUUUAGGACAAUGAAGGCAGUGGAGGAUAUGGAAGCAAUUCAUUCACAACUACUUUCACAAACUGAGAAACCUCAUUGGUCCCUGCUGACACUUGUUGUAAAACCAGAAUUACGAAAUAGAGGUCUUGGAACUGAGGUGUUGUUGCCAAUCAUUCGAGCGUCUGAUGAGGCCACUCUGCCCAUAUACACCAUUGUACAUCAUUAUGAAAAUCAGUCACGAGAAGAGAAGCCUGUUCAGUUCUUGAAAAAACAUGGUUUCGAUGUGCGAGAAGAAUGUACGCCAAAGAAAGGGCCUCCUUUCACUGUAUUAAUACGAUACGGAAGUUGA